GUAUGGCCUUCAGGAUUUUGUGACAUUGAGUCCCACCAACAACACGGAGGCAGUAUUAGGAGAGAGUCGAGCCAAACUUUUACUGUCCUCUGUAAACAUAGCUCUCACAGAUGCUGGAUGCUGUGUACCAGUAUUUGUGCAGAUUCAUCAGAAAUGGAGACGUUUGUACCAGGGUACCUGUGUGUUGCCCGGCUCGAACAUCGAGUUUGCUAUGGUACAUUUAAAAAGGACACCAGCUCAGUAUAACCAUCUUGCUGGACUUCUAGAUGUGUUUAAAUCAAAACUUGGUUCUGUAGCUGAUCCGAGACCACCUGUAUCGGUUGCUGUCCGGUUCCUGUAUAUGCUGUAUGACUGGGUCAACUCCCCAUGGACACAGCCUCUGCCAGACUUUGAUGAUGAAGUUGGAUGUUCUGGGUUUGAGCAGCUGCCGUUUGGUGCAUGUGAGGACCCUGUCAGUGCCUUAAGUUUAUACUGCACAUGGCCAAGUCUAUCUGAGGAUAUGAUUGUAGAAAAUCAAGUCUAUUCUGACCUUGACCCUCUCCAAGCUCCUCAUUGGUCAGUUAGAAUACAGAUGACAGAGGAUCCACAAUGCUUGCUGGGAGAGUAUCUGAUAAAUUUCUUGGCACUUUGUCAUAGAAAAGAGACUUUAGAUCAGCUGAUUGGAGGGUUUGGUUCAGAAAUGAGAGAAAGUGACUCUACUGGAGAAAUAAGUAAUGCGUUACAGAAGUUAACGGAACCGUCAGUAGGGUAUAACAUCCCAUCUCUAACAUCAUACGUCUCUCAACCACAGAAACAGGCUGGCAAGACUAAGGAUGCUCCGAUACAAGGGGAACUUUUGGACCAAAUUGUACAAUUCUUGUUCCCUGAUGCAGCUAAGCCAAUAUCUGCAGAUAAUGAAGAAGAUGAUAUGCGAGAGACCACGCCACAACCACCAAAGGAACUACCUAAGCAGUUAAAGUCAUCACAGGUUGAUGGUCUGUUACAUAAAUUGGCUAUAUGCUUGUGUGUGUUGAACCAUAACCAUGGCGGUGUGUGUGCUGUGGCCCAGAUCUGGCAGGAAUUUAUCUUAGAGAUGAGAUAUAGAUGGGAGAAUAACUUCUUUAUUGAGGGGAUAGAAAAAGGACCACCUAAUUUGGGAUCUUGCUUACUCCAACAGAAAUUACAGAUGUUGAACUGUUGUAUAGAACAUAAGAAAAAGAGGGAACAGCUCCAUAAAGGUUAUACUGGGGAGCCAGAUUCCCCUCCAAAUUCCCCGUACAGGGGCCCCUCGACAUCCCAGGUGUCAAGGUCAAUGUCUCAUGACGAUAGUUUCAUUAACCAACCACAGAACAAUGUUCUACAGAAUAAUGAUCCAAACAUGAAUCAAGCACAGUCAUCAGAAAACAUGUCCUGUAGUGCUGCAGAACAAUCAAGCAAUCCUAGUGCAAUAAAAAAAUUACACAAGACUGGUUCUCAAAAAGUUGCAAGUUCUGGUGAAUCAAGUGAUGAAGAAGAAUUCUUUGAGUGUAAUGAUGAUGAAAAUAACCAGUCUGGUGAAAAAGAUGAAGAUACUUCUGCGGGGAACCAGACUGCUGAAAAUGUGCAGCAGAUGCAGGAUGAAAAUCAAUCUGAUAAUGAGGGUAACCAGUCUGUCAAUAAUGAAGAUAACCAGUCUGACAAUGAAAUGGAAUGUGAACCAGUCAAUAUUUCUCAGACUAGUUCUCAAAAUACAUCAUUGACUGAUUCUCAGAUUAGAGAAUUGACUGGUUCGGAGCAGAGACAAAGUGUAAGCAAUGCAUCUGUGUCAAGUGACACAGCAUUCAAGGAUAGUUAUUCACACAAACCAGAAGGAAGACUUGCUUUAUUCCAGGAUUUAAAAUUGGUGAAUUGUGAAGAAAAAAUGUAUAUACCAAUUACACAAGAGCCGGCGCCCAUGACUGAAGAUAUGUUAGAGGAGCAUGCUGAAGUUCUUGCUAAACUUGGAACAUCAGCAGAAGGGGCUGAGCUAAGAGCUAGAAUGCAGAGUGCUUGCUUAUUGUCAGACAUGGAGUCAUUUAAAGCUGCUAACCCCGGAUGUGUGUUAGAUGAUUUUGUAAGAUGGUAUUCACCUAGAGAUUGGAUUGAAGAGGCAGUUGAAGAUGACAAUGGUGAUGUCACAAUUGAAGGUCAUUUGAGCCAGCGUAUGCAGAUUCCUGGUAAUGUAUGGGUAGAGGUUUGGCAGACAGCCAGACCGGUUCCUGCUAGACGCCAGAAACGGUUGUUUGAUGAUACAAAAGAGGCAGAAAAGGUCCUACAUUUUCUGUCAUCAUUAAAACCAGCAGACGUUGUAGUUCAUCUAAUGCCCAUGUUGAUACAUGCUGCCCUUCUAAAAGCUAUGGAGAAUGAUGAUCCUAAAAUACCUGUAUUGAAGCAGGUGAUAGAACAAGCGUGUGUUAAAGCUUCACAAGUGACCAGGUCUCCAAAUCAAGAUGCUAAACGUUAUGAGGAACUUAUAAGAAUGGUAAUGCAGGCAGAAAUAAUCAUCGCAAGAAACAUCUCCCUGCAGUCAAAGUUUACAUCAGAGCUUCUUGAACGACCUGACGCCAAGGAGGAACUCGAACAUUUUGUGGCAACAAUUUUACAGAACUCAGAGGUACCAGUUAGGGGAGGACCGAUGGGUCCAGCAGGGAACAUCAUCAGCAAAUUGUUCCAAGCUGCUCAAAGAGCUUCAUACAUGAUACUGGAUGAAGAAGAUGUGGGUGAGGCCAGGAUGGAAGAUGAUGAUGAUGCUAGACUUAAUAGUUCAGUGCCGAAUUUCCCCAGACCUUCAGCAAGAGAGUACAUACUCCGGACAUUUGUGCCAAGACCAGCCCCUUAUUCUAAACAGUUACCACAUAGAUUAUUCUGUUGUAUUGAGGAGGAGGAGUUUAGAAUUGCCGGGGCAUUUUCUAGUGACUCAGUGUUUCAAUAGUUUUAAGAAUUUAGGUCUUUACACUGAUAAAUUAUUGCAUGCUGUGCUGUGUCCUUAGUUAUUUAAAUUUUACUUUUAUUUUUUGAAGAGUAUUUAUUUAUACAUAAAGAUCUAAAAAGAUUUAUACUUCUGAGAGGGAUAAUCAUUUCUAAAAAUAGAAUUGUUUUUUUAUAGAAGGGACCACAAUCCCUUGAACAACUAUCAGAUGUUUGGCUGAUCUUCU